CGAAACUGCUCCGAAGGAGGCAGACGACAACAAAGGCUACGAACAUGGUCAGGGGCUUGCCAGUCUGCGAAAGACGUGCGUCGGCACCCAUCUUUGUUUGCCAGCAACGUCUUUUCUCGCGGAUUGCAUGGCUGAUAGUGGUGCUGGACAUCCUCACUCACGUGGCAGGCUCCCCGAGGCGUUCGCUCUCAGAUCUGACGGAUGGGGCAUCGUCAUCCGUGUCCUCGACCUUCCAUCCGUGCAAACACGAAGGUGAGCAGGAGAGGUGGGAAGGGAGGGAGGGAGGUGAUGACGAGUGGUGGUUUGCUGAUUGAUCAGAGUACCAGUUGGUGUUUGAUCACAUCCGUGUGUUCCCUGACCCCAUCCUUACGGGCCAGUCGGUCACGGUGGAACUCGGCGGCAGCAACACCGGCCUGGCAGUCACCAGCGGGAAGAUAACCAUUGCCGUCAUACUCGACAGGUACGCACUCACUCACUCACUCACUCACACAAUCACUCAGGCACUCACGGACGGCACCGACUGACUGACUGACCCACUCAAUGACUGCCUGCCGUUGCGUUGCUUCAUCCAUUGAUUGCCCCAUGUCUGUCAGAGUGCUGCCCUUCUAUGUGGAGCUGCCCCUCUGCAGCACUCUCAGUACUGGCUGCCCGAUUCCCUCUGGCCCCUUCACCACAUCAGUGCAGGCAUUCCUUCCGGCAGACACACCCAAUGGAAACAUAGCGGGAAAAAUCAAGGUAGGCAGGUGGGAAGGUGGGUGGGUAGUACCUUGCAGGGCUGGCCAGGCCAGGCCAGAUAGAUUGACCAAGACGGCAAGGAAGGCUGGCUGAAGGAUUUGGUCAUGUGUUGUGUGUCUUGGUUGGUGACAUGAUCAUGUCAGAUGGUCACCGGGGAGCACGAGCUUGCGUGUUACGAUGUCCACACAAGGAUACAGCGACCUGGCGUCGGGGAUGAGCAAGAUCGGCAGACUGAACACCUGCUAGUGGGCUGAGGAACAGCAGGGCUCCAGGGAGGCGGACAGGGAGUGACAGGGCUGGGGAGGGUGUGACCAUACAUGGAUCUCCUUUUUUAGGUCGGCGGCGUCUUCUGUGUGCGUCACGCGCUUUGUACACUAGUGACUUUGACACUCAGUGUUUCCCUGGGCUCAGUAUAGAGUAGUUCGGAUACUUACUCUCCACUCAUCCAUCCACUACAUUCACUCCUACCACGCCUUGUCUUUGUCUUUCCUUCAAGAACCGAUCGGGCAUGUCCUUCUUGUCCAUUUCCUUCUUCAGUGGAGUAUCUAUUUCCGUGAAUGUAGACGGCGAGGGGUCCUUCUCUUUUGUCCAUUCGGACGGACGGUAGACUCACGACAUUAAUGAAUGAAGGCAUCGCAGUUGGAC